UUCAGAGAUUCAGGGCGGGGCGACAGAGGGCCGCGUCUCAAAUCCCUCACAGCUGCCUAGAUAGUGUACAUUGCUCGAGCGUCACUGGCGCACUAGGCGUUUUGAGGGAGACACGGGCGCGGCGUCCACUAACGCUGCACCCUAGUUAGGGCGCGCCGGAGAAUUUGAGACGCGGCCCGAGAGACAGAAACCCGCUGCUGCGCUUCAUUAGAGCCUCCGUGUGUCUCCAUCAUUCAUCCGUCCCGCAGAGCCGAAAAACAGACCCGAUACCGAGCGCACGGAACCGGCAGAUGGACGGCACGCGCGCGCUCUGACGGGGGAAUCUUCACUCGUUCGUCUUCGGCUCGGUUCGGCGCUCCGGUCGCUGCUCGAUCGCUCGCUAUUGUUCGGAUGCGCGGCGCUGGGAAUCAGUUCUGUUCCCGACCGAAAACAUGAGUUCUGCUCUCCGCUGGGUUUUAUCGCUGUGCUUCAUCAUCACCGUCAUCAUCACUCAGCGUGGGGCUCCGUUCCAGGUAGAGCUGCAGGAUGAGCGGCGGAUGCUGCUGUCGCUGGACGCUGAUGACGUGAGGCCCGACGUGUCUGUGUAUUCAGUGCGUGUUUCUGGAGAGCCACACACACACACACUGCUGUUCACACGACCCGCCGACGGUCAGACGCUGCCGCAUCCGCUCCAGUUCAACGCCUCGUACCACGGCCUGUGCUACUCCAUCAGUCUGAUGCUCGGGAGCAACAGCAGCGCAUCCAGAGCCGUCAGAACCGUCCCUGUGCUCACCAAGCCUCUUCCUCUAGACAGCGUUGAGAUGUCUGAUUACGGUCCGGCUCCAGAGACCGGUGUGGUGUUUCAUAUCCGUUCUCCAGACAGGAACAUCUACACGAGAGUAAACAUCAGCUACAUAGAGGGCCGACAGCCACGCUACAUGCUGUAUAAAGAUUUCCUCAAAGGGAAGACGGUGUUCAAGCACUGGCUGUCAGGCACGUGUUACACCAACAUCAGCUUCCAGCUGGUCUCAGAGGCCACGGUCAACAGGAGCACGCUGGUGAGCCGCAGCGAGGUUACCCACGAGCCCCUGCGCCACCGCACCGUCCCAAAUCCUCCUCUCAACGUGUCACUCAAAAUCAUCCACCUCAGCGACCGAGGAGCAUCUGGGUCUGACCUGCACGCGGCUGAUCUGAAGGCUUCCCACAAUGCAUCAGUCCUUCGGCGGACACGUGACAUUCCUGCGGCUGAAGAACAGGAAGAGGAAGUGAACGGUGAGGAGACGAGCGUCACACAGAUGCCGCUGAACGAGUCCAUCACCGUCUACAGCAGCACAGCCGAACCCGUGCCUGACAACAGUACUGAGCCGCUGUGGGUGGAGCCAACAGGAAGCUCCGCCCCCACAGAGGAGGAGGAGUUUGUGAACGCACUGGUGCCAGAAUAUGAGGACUCUAAUGAGCCAGGGUCAGCGAUGGACAUGACCUUUGAACCCAAUGUGAUGCCCACACCACUGCCGCCCAUCCUGCUGGAGCUCCGCUGGUUGCCGCCGCGGCCGCCCACCGCGUAUGAUGGAUUCAACAUCUACAUCUACCACGAUGGAAACUCCACGGAAACAGCGACGGUGGACGAGAACACACACGAGUUCUUCAAGAAUCUCACCCACGAAAGAAUUCAAUAUAACGGCAGUCGCCUGAUCUCGGUGCUGUCUCUCACCUGCCUGCGGCCCAGCAUCAACCAGCGCAUGGAGAACACCUACUGCUCCGAGGAGAACAUCACCAGUGACAUCAUCAGCAGCCUGACGCCCGGCGCUCAGUACAGAGUGGUGGUUUAUCACAGGAACGGGCCGCUGGUCAGUCCCCCGUCUGAACCAAUCAUCAUCGACAUCGAGCCGACAGGUGUGCGUGAUCUGGUGGUUUAUCCUCUCAGUCCCACCGAGCUCAUCCUCAGCUGGCAGCGGCCGUAUAACGUGGCCUUCAGGAAGUACAUCCUGCAGACCUUCUUCUUCAACUCGGCCACGCAGACGUCUCAGUGGAGCACGUACUACGAGAUCACCGCCACCGCGUCCGUCGUCGCCUCUGUGCGAGUGACCGAUCUGCUGCCGGCCUGGUUCUAUAAGUUCCGUGUGACGAUGGAGACGUGGUCCGAGCCGGCGCUGAUCUGCUGCGAUGCUUCCACCGUCAGCUUCGUCACAGGUGCGCCGGUCACACCCCACACAUCUCGUGUGUAUAACACUCACACGACACUCUUUUUGCUCCGCACGAAGCAUGGUGAUCUGUUCACUGACCUCUCGCACUCACGCUUGCUUCACUGGAGGCUCACGGCCGAAGGGAAGAAGAGCGCCACGAGACGCUACUCCAUCCACGUGACUCGCAACAUGAUGAAGGCGUCUCUGGCUCUUCCUCCCGGAGACAUCUACAACCUGACCGUCUCCGCCUGCACCGAGACGAGCUGCAACACGUCUGCGCCGCACAUCAUCAAACUCGAACCGGCUCCUCCGAAGUCUCUGUACGCGGUCAACGCCACCGACACGGCCGUCACGCUGCUCUGGACGGAGGACGGCGUCGUGGACUUCUAUCAGAUCGUCUGCAGACCGCUGCGAGUCAACGGAGAGAGCAAAAAGGUGCGCAAGCCACUGGUCACCGCCACUCGUGUUGUGACCGUGUCUGGACUGCAGCCGUCCUCCUCGUAUAACUGUACUGUGGUCAGCAGCAGCUACAGCAGCGUCAGUGACCCGGCGGUCAUCACCAUCAGCACGACCGUGCGCGAGAUGAACCCGAGUGUGGCGGCGAUCUCUGCGCUGGCGGUUCUCAGCGUUCUGCUCAUCAGUCUGCUGCUGCUCUUCCUGCUGCUGCUGCGUAAGAAACACCUGGAGCUGAGCCGGGAGUGCGGCGCUGAAACCUUCGUCAAUUUCGCCUCUUUUGAGCGAGACGGGAAACUGCCGUAUAACUGGCGCAGGAGUCUCUUUGCCUUCCUCACGCUUCUGCCAUCCUGCCUUUGGACUGACUAUCUUUUGGCCUUUUAUAUUAAUCCGUGGAGCAAAACGGCUCUGAAGAAGAGGAAGCUAACCAGUCCCGUUCAGCUCAGUGAUUUUGAGGCUUACAUCAAAGACAUGAGCAGAGACUCGGCGUACAAGUUCUCGCUGCAGUUCGAGGAGCUGAAGAGCGUGGGUCUGGAUCUGUCUCAUGAAGCGGCCGAUCUGCCCGUCAACAGACCCAAGAACCGCUACACCAACAUCCUGCCCUAUGACUUCAGCCGGGUGAAGCUGAUCUCUCUGCACAAUGAUGAAGGCUCUGAUUACAUCAAUGCAAACUUUAUUCCUGGUUAUAACUCUCCGCACGAGUUCAUCGCCACACAGGGGCCGCUGCCCGAGACCAGGAACGAUUUCUGGAAUAUGGUCCUGCAGCAGAAGUCUCACAUCAUCGUCAUGCUGACCCAGUGUAACGAGCGCAGGAGGGUGAAGUGUGACCACUACUGGCCGUUCACCGAGGAGCCCGUGGCAUACGGAGACAUUACGGUCGAGAUGCUGUCGGAGACCGACUCCCCCGAGUGGACCGUCAGAAACUUCAGACUGGGAUACGCUGAUGAAACUCAAGACAUUCUGCACUUUAAUUACACCUCGUGGCCUGAUCACGGCGUGCCGACAGUCAACGCCAUCGAGAGCAUCUUACAGUUCGUUCAGAUCGUACGGCAGCAGGUCAGCAGAACCAAAGGACCCAUCGUGGUCCACUGCAGUGCUGGAGUGGGCCGGACCGGCACCUUCAUCGCUCUGGACCGGCUGAUGCAGCACAUUCAGGAACACGAGUAUGUGGAUGUCCUGGGCCUGGUGUCGGACAUGCGCUCACACCGGCUCUCCAUGGUCCAAACCGAGGAGCAGUACGUGUUCAUCCAUCAGUGUGUCCUCCUCAUGUGGAAGAAGAAGAAGCAGCAGACACACACGAGCGAUGUCAUCUACGAGAACGUCAGCAAGUCCUAAUGAAGUCUGACUCUUCUCACAUCAGCGUUAACAGAUGUGUGACAUCAACACCAGAAACCAACCAAGCGGCGGCCGCAGAGGAGAAUCCUUCACUCAUUUACUCCCAUAGAAACUCUUAUUUAGUGGACGUACGACGGAACCAAUUCGAUGCCUUAAAACGGGCUGCCGCGUCCUCCACUGUCCGCCGAGCCAAGGAGAACGCCACAGCGCUGUACUGACAACGCUUUCAUCCACAUUUAGUCUUUAGUUUGUGUGUGAAUCUCAGGAUCAUCUGGUGUGACGCAGCCGGACAUGCCAGCGUUCGAUUUAAGCCGCUGUAAAGUUUGUUUCCUGAGUUUGUACCGCACUCUGUCUGUAAUAGUGUUAGUUUUCACAUCUCCAGAGGAGGCAGAGUGAAAGAACCAGAUCCUUCUGUCGGCAUGCACAUGUAAACACGUUUUGGACCUGAUGGCCUUCAAUCACUGCCACACACAGACCAUCUGCUUCAGUUACAAAGGGAGAACAGACGCACUCGUGCGAGUGUUUCGCACUGAUCAUCUGUGUUACUGUAUGUAGAGAGGCAGACGGUAGCUGUGCUUCUGUGACCGAGUGUUUUAGCCUGUGAUUUCUGAUAAAUCUCCUGUGGGAGUGUCAUCAUGUGGGACCGCUGAGCUUCGCUGGAUUUAUCUGCAGGCGUUUGGAUGUUCAGUACUUGUUCCAGUGGCGUUUGCACAGCUCCAGCGCAGUCGGAUUGAAUGUGAGCAUCCAGCAGCUCAACUCUCAUCACUGCAACGCUUCGCUGCUGCUGCUGAAUCUGACACUGAUUCCACACGUCGUGUUCGCCAAAAAACCCAGAAGAAGUGGGACGAAACAGCACGGUAUUAAAGAGCUCGCACUGCGCUGACCUGUCAUUGGCAUGGCUCUAUAGACUGAAUGGUACGACUGACUAGACAGCGCAGGGAAGAUGUUCACAGCACGAACUAAUCUCACCAGUGAGAAAAGUAUAAAUUGUAAGAAAUAAAAGCUACAAUUUAAGACCAGAAAUGUAUCACGUAGCUGUUAAAAAACUGACUAGGUGUGUGUUUGUAAGGAAGACUGGAAUUAUUAACUACUUUCUAUAAAAAAAGAAUGAAUGACCUGAAGACUCGAGAGAAUCAUUUCUGUUUCCUGUUUCGGAAUGAAAGAAUCCACCCGUCCUCCUCUUUAAUAUCGUGCCGUUUCGUCCCACUUUUGGUGUGUUUGGCUUCACGUAUUGCAUGCUGCAUAAUGACAGACGUGAGAUUAGUCUCAUCUUUAGGUUUAGACUUGAGCUCAGAGUGUUUGUUUCACGUUUGCCUGUUCAUGUCAAACACACGAGCAUGUCCGGUUUACAGGCCAGCACAGACGCUGAGAUGUGAGGUUAUAAUAUCAGCUGUAAAUACUGAAACAGAAGAAAUGCUUUACUGCGUCAAUCAACUGAUUGAAACUCUCUCCAGUCACUUGAUGGGUUUUCUUUGGUUUGUGUCCAGGUCAGACCAUUCUUGUGUAUCGUGUGACUUCAAGUAGCCGAGCAAUCCACCGUCGCCAUCACAGAGGUUUAACUAAUGUGUGUUCGUUUGGGGAAAAAAUAAACAUUUGAAUAUGUAUUCUUA